AUGGCUGCUGCCUGGGCGCCUCCUCGCUCGGUCGUCCUGGCGCCGGCCGCAGCAUCCCCGCGCGGGACGGGCGCCAAUGGCUCGGCCGCCCAGGCUGCAAGGUCGAGGCCGCCCCGCGACGACAGUAGCACGCAUCGAUACGUCCCUGGUAGGGACCCCUCGCCAUGGCUGCUGUCUGGGCGCCUCCUCGCGCGGCCGUCCUGGCGCCGCCCGCAGCAUCCCCGCGCGCCCAGGCUGCAGGGUCGAGGUCGCCCCGCGACGACAGGUCACCCGCAUCACCACUUCCUCUGUGUCGCCGUAGGACGCGCCGCCGAUUAG